AAUAAGUAUAACAUAUCAUUUCUUUAUACAUACACGUUCAGAAGAUAAUAUGGGUUCCAAUGUUUCAUCUGUCCAUGAUGUUCAUUCAUCAAUGGAAACCAAGAGUGCCUUGGUUCUUGAAAUCGAGUCUAGAAGACAAUGGAGAUCUCUCUUUGAUUCAAUGAAAGGUUCAGACAAAUUGCUAGUAAUUGAUUUCACAGCAGCAUGGUGUGGACCUUGUAAAACAAUGGCACCUAGAGUUAAGGAGAUUGCUUCAAAGUACUCAAACGUUGUGUUUGCUAGGGUUGAUGUGGAUAGGCUAAUGGAUGUGGCUGGGACAUACAAAGCUAUGACACUUCCAGCUUUUGUUUUGGUGAAGAGAGGAGAAGAGAUUGAUAGGGUUGUUGGAGCCAAACCUGUUGAGCUUGUGAAGAAGAUUGAAAAAUAUAAUGUUUAAGGCUUUUAUUUUGUUUCCUUAAAAGAAACAAAACAAGAGUUUACUUGUGAGUGUGUUUUGAUUGUUUGAAUUUGGGUUUUCUACCAUUUGGUUUGUCGAAUGUGAAUAAAGUUGCUACAAAAUGUUUGGUCACCCUUGAGAUGUCAUUUAAAGAGUUAUUUCUUUUGUAUUUUGACAUGAAUAAUGGACAAAUCCAUCUUAGCAACAAAAA